AUACGAUCAGUAAGACCAACUCAGCGAAGCUGGACAAGGCGCUGCAGGAGGCGCACACUGAGGAGGUCGCUUGGAAGUACGUGCCUCUGAGCGGCCCCGCAGUCGACGCAGAGUUCUCCGGCAACGUCAGCACGCAGAUCGGCAAGACUGCGCUGCUCAACUGCAGGAUAAAAUACGGCGGCGGCAAGACCGUGUCGUGGAUGCGAACACGUGACCUGCAUCUGCUGACGGUUGGGCGCUUCACUUACACCAGUGACGAUCGCUUCAAGGCGAUCCAUCAGAGUGGCUCUCACGACUGGCUCCUGAAGAUCCACUACGUACAGAAGAGGGAUCAAGGUGGAUAUGAGUGCCAGGUCUCAACUAAUCCACCUCUCAGCUACACCGUCUGGCUUCAAGUGGUCGAGCCUGAAACACGUAUCCUGGGAGCACGAGAUCUGCACAUCCACGUGGGGUCCAACAUCAACCUGACGUGCGUGGUGCGGCACUCACCCAAGGCCCCCGCCUACAUGCUCUGGUAUCACGGCAAGCAGGUGCAUCUUAUCCAACACAAUUAA